AUGAAUGUCUGCAUUUUGAUGUUCCACGGCCACGACGUACUGGACUACGCCGGGCCGUAUGAGGUCUUUGCGAACGUCCUUGACAAUCCUGGUGCGGAAGAUCCAAAACAAAUUUUCGACAUCACACUUAUUGCUACCGACGCGAUUAUCCAGUCAUCCAGAAGCCUUUACGUGAACCGCCAUAUUUCGAUCCAAGAAGCGCUGACAAGAAUUAUGGACUACGAUAUCCUUGUUGUACCCGGCGGACCUGUGAGGACAUUGAAGGGUCUUUGCGAACCUGAUAGCACCGAGUUGGGAUUCAUUCGCUCAUUCGCAUCACUCUCUGAACGCAUAGGCAGAAAAGCACGCGUGAUCCUUUCCGUUUGCACGGGGUCAUUGCUACUGGGAUACAUUGGCUUGUUGAAAGGGCGAAAGGCAACGACGCACGGCAAAGCGCUUGACACUUUACGAUAUGUUUGUGACCAAGCAAGCGGAGCUGGGGAGAUUGGCACGGAAGUGAUCAGAGCUCGUGGAGGAAUCUCCAGCGGUAUUGAUGCCAGCCUUUACGUCUUGUCACUUGUAGCGGGUCGAGAUGUAGCAACUGCUGCCAUGCAGAUCAUGGAGUUUGUUCGGUCUUCUAGCCUGCGCGAAAUUGAAUACAUCUGA